AUGGGUAUAUGUGGCUCAAAUCUUAAGAAAAAGAAAGUAAUUCCAGAGAAACAAACCGUCGACAUAAAAACUUCAAACACAUCUGAAGAAAAAGAAAUUUUUAUACAAAAAUGUAUGCUUUUUAAAGAAAAAGCACAAUCAGCACCUAAAUUACACUUAAGCGAUAGUGCAUUAAUCAAACGUAGGCCGAAGUUCCAAGAAGCGAACUUUGAUAGCCAAAGAAUCAUAGAUACUGUAAAUAGCCCUACUUUGGCAAUUGUAACUAAUUAA